AUGAAACUAAUCGAAAUUGUGUAAUUGAUUGAAAAAUUCUAAAAGGAAUAAAACUAUCAUGACAUUGUAUACAUUAUAUCUAAAAGGUAAGCAUUCUGUAGUUAAUAUAUUAGUUGGGUUUAAACAUUUAAAGAUUCUGUUAAAUUUAAUUGCAAAAAUAACAUACCUAUGAAGCCUAUAAAUCAUGAUAUUGUAGAUGAAACUAAAUCUAAUGUUCUUUAGUAAUAUAUCCAAAAUUUAUUAGAUAUUAAGAUGAAAUAUACAAUUCAUUUUUAAAAGAUAAUUUAAAACUAAAUGUUGAUUACAUUUAUAUCAAUCAAUAAAUAUGGUCACAUCUAAAUGUAAACUUAUUAAUAAUUUGAAAGACUCUUUAUGAUGGACACUGUAUUAAAAGAUAAUUGAGAAAUUCAAAUUAAAUUAAUGAAUUCAUCAUAUAUAACUUCAUUCCUGUAUAUCAAUCCUAAUAACAUUUUAUUGAAGGAAUAUAAUAAUUUGAUUCCUCUUGGAAUAUUUCCUAAAUAAUUUCACAUUUAGAAAAUGCAUUAUAAAAUUAAUUAUCAUUUUAAAUUCCAAAAAGUAAUUUCAUAUAAUUAUAUACUCUCAAAAAUGAGAAUUAAAUGAAAUUUGUUUAAAUUGUAUAAGAAAUUAAAGAAAAAAAAAUUGAAGUAAUAAAAAUAGAAGAAUUAAGCUAAAUGCGUGAUAAAAAAUAUAUCAUAAUGGAUAUUAAAUAAUUAAAAAAAGAUUUCUUUUUUGAAAAAACUUAACAGAUAAAUCAUGAUAAAAGUGAAACUAUUUUAAAUUAAGAAUAUAUUGAAUAUUGUAGGUAAGGUUUAACUAUAUUUGAUGAUUAAUAAACUUUAUUAAGUUGCAUGCUUAAAUGCUAUGAAAUGAUAGAUGUAAUUAGAAAUGAAAUCUUAUAUAAUUCCACAUAGAAAUAUUAGAAUUUAAAAUAAAUACUUCAAGAAUCAUAUUAUGGAUUUAAUGAAUACAUUUAUUAUGAUUUGUUGGAUUAUGAGUUUUUAGAGGAAAAAUAAGUUGUGAUUACUAAAUCAAGAUAUGAUGCAAUAUAUAUUUAUAACAAUGAAAAUAGAGUCAUUAUAAAUAAUUAGAAGAAUAUUAGAUAAUUAGUUGAAUCUUUAUUGAGUCAUCCUUAAUUACAAUGUGAUUUUAAUUCAGUUUUGUUUGAGUGUAGUAAUGAAUAUUAUACUGAAUAUAUUGAUUUUACAAAACCUGCAUAUAGUUUAAAAGAGGGAUAUAAAUUUUAAUUGAGAAAGUUAAUGGAGUAAGAACAUAAUAUUAAUGAUGAAGAUAAAAUAGAAAUUAGAGUACAUUAAUGUACAUAUGAAAACAUAGGUUAUCAAUAAUAUAAACCUUUUGCUCCAAUAUUAAAAUGUUUUAUAAGUUAAUAAGCUAAAUUUUAAGAUUUGCAUAUGUUAAUAGCUAAUUUAUUUGAAGAAAUAAAUUAUGAGAAUUAUAAAGAAUUUAGAUUGAAUAAGAAAUAUAAACUAUAUUUCUAAACAGAUUAAUAAGGAUUAAAGAAAUGUACAUUUUGUUAAUAGAAAUUAUGUAAUAAUUGUUAAGUACCUUUUAAUGAUAAAUCUUUAAAUUUUGGUAGUAGAAUGAUAAACAUAUAUGUUAUAUAUGACGAAAUACUAAAUAUUGUUUCUAAUUAUUAACCAUAAUAUUUUGAUAAUUAUUAUUUGAGAGAAUAUUUUGAAGUGGAUUGGGCUAAAGAUAAAAUUUUAAUUUUGAACAUAAAUUAAGAAUAAAUAAAACCUUAUAAUAUUAAAUAUUAUUUUGAUUCACGUAUGUACUUAUAUAAUAUUUCAGAUCUAUAUUAGUUAUAAGGAAUAAUUGAAAAGGUAUCAUAAAAUGAAUAUUAAUGUUAUUGUCUGAAAUAGUAAUAAUGGUAUAGAUUUACAAAAAAUAAAUUCUAAAAGAUAGAUAAUAUAAAUGAUGAUUUAAAUGUAGUUAAAUUGUUCUAUAUAAGAAAAUGA